GUACGUGGUCCAGGUGGACAGAACUGCGGGUGACGUUCUAGGCCUUCAAGUUGACGAGACGCCUGAUGGUCGGCUUCUUGUCCUGGGAGUCAAGCCUGGACUAGUCCAAGACUGGAACGACACGCAUCCCUCCAUGCAGGUGCUGCCUGGCGACAUUCUGCUCGCAGUGAAUGGGCAGAAAAGAGAUGCCAACGGGCUAAUGGACGCUGAGCUGCAAGCCUCAGACCAUCUCAGACAGGUCAUGGGAGACGCACGUUGUUUUUGA